AUGCCGGAAGAGGACGAGGCGCCCCCUCCUCAAGGUCAAAGUCAGCUCACAACCGACGAGAGCAGCGUCCCGCCUACCGAGGAGCGAGCUGCGAAGCGACUUAAGAUGGACGUUCCGGCCGACUCUGAAAAGGCGGAUGCCACCGUCAACCCAGCUUCUGGCGGCGCUUCCCCUGCUGAGGUGGCAAAGGUAGACGAGAAAAUUAAAUCUGGCGCGGCCAACGCCAACGGCCGCGACAAUCGCCAAUCCGGGCUGGCUCCUAUCAAGAAAGAGUACUUGAUUGAUGUUGCCACGUCCAAGGACGCAUCGUCUGACGCUGCCAACGAUGACGAGGCCGAGGGCCGCGGCGGCAGGAAGGACAGGAAGAAGAACAAGGGUCAGAACACGGGACGCACAUUCGGGAAAUUCGACGACACCAUCCGCCUCUGCAACAGCAGAGCCUUCUAUCCCGAGUUCUCGCCCCGCGAGUGCAGGUUCGGCGAUCGCUGCAAGCUGAGCCACGACCUCCGGAAGUAUUUCGCAGAGGGACGCCGGGACGACGUCGAUGCCCUUGGUGGCAAGUGCCACGUCUUUGAGCAAUACGGCUCGUGCCCCUCAGGCUGGAAAUGCCGCUUCGUUAAGAGCCACAUGCAGGAAAUCGAGCGUGAGGAUGGGCGCAAGGAGCUUGUUCUGCUGGGCAACUCUGGCGAAAAGGGCCCGCCCAGCGGUGCCGCGGAGCAGACUGGGGAGGCUGGGGAGCAGAACCCCGAGGCCGGCAGCGACGAGCCUGAAGAGCGUCGGCCUGGCGUCUUCAACGUCGUCGGCAUGGAAGACAAGAUCAAGCUCAGUCGCAAGCGCCUCGACUUCAGCAAAGCCGACGAGUACAUAAAGUGGAUGAACAGCGAGGCCGACAUCAACCACGAUUUCCACCAUCGCCGCAAGGACCAGUCCUCCGAGGGCAUCGAGGACCUUCGCGCCCGCUACGUCGAUCCACCAUUCAAGCCGUCCGAGAAGCGGCGCCUCUACUUUGGCCCUGAGACGCCCACUCUGGCGCCGCUGACGACGCAGGGCAACCUGCCCUUCCGACGGCUCUGCGUCGAGCUCGGCUGCCAGGUCACGUAUUCAGAAAUGGCCAUGAGCAUGCCGCUGCUUCAAGGCUCCAAGACGGAUUGGACGCUCAUGAAGGCUCACGAGUCGGAGGUUUCCCCGCCCAAAUUCAACCCUGGCCGGACCUUUGUGUUUGACGACUACGACAACUCCAAAGACUUGAAGUUUGGCGCCCAAGUCUCCGGCCACCAGCCUUGGAUGGUGACCAAGGCAGCCUCUGCCCUGAGCCGCCUCUGCCCUCAGCUCCGCCUCAUCGACCUCAACUGCGGCUGCCCCAUCGACAUGAUCUUCAAGGCGGGCGGCGGAUCCGCGCUGCUCGAGUCGCAGGGCAAGAUGGAGCGCAUGAUCCGGGGCAUGAACGCCGUGUCCGGGCCCAUCCCCAUCACCGCCAAGAUCAGAACGGGCGUCAAGAGCAACCGCCCCGUCGCGCCUCAGCUGCUCGGCAGGCUGGCCUUUGGCUCCCGCGAGCACCGGGCCCGCCUCGGCGCCCCCGGGUGCGCGGCCGUGACGCUGCACGGGCGCAGCCGGGAGCAGCGCUACACCAGAAAGGCCGACUGGGCCUACAUCGGCGAGUGCGCCGCCCUCAUCAAGUCGUACAACGAGCAGAAGGACGCCCUGACGGACACGGCGGCGGAGCCCGACGAGAGCACCCUGCCCAACGCCAAGGACGGGCGCAUGUACUUUCUCGGCAACGGCGACUGCUACUCGCACGUCGACUACCUCGAGCACGUGGACCAGGCGCACGUCGACAGCGUCAUGAUUGGCCGCGGCGCCCUCAUCAAGCCCUGGAUCUUCGAGGAGAUUGAAAAGGGCCAGUACCUGGACAAGUCGUCGAGCGAGCGCCUGGGCUACGUCGAGAAGUUUGCGCGCUACGGCCUCGAGGCCUGGGGCUCCGACGAGGUCGGCCUCGGCUUCACCAGGCGCUUCCUGCUCGAGUGGCUCAGCUUUGCGCACCGCUACGUGCCCAUUGGCCUGCUGGAGCGUCUCCCGCCGAGCCUCAACGACCGCCCGCCCGCGUACAAGGGCCGCGACGAGCUCGAGACGCUCAUGGCCUCGACCAACUACAGGGACUGGAUCAAGAUUACCGAGAUGUUCCUCGGCCCCGUCCACCCCGGCUUCCAAUUCCAGCCCAAGCACAAGUCCAACGCUUACGAGGCCGAAGGGUGA